GCCAUGUCUUUCUUCCACCCAGCCCUCAAGCCUCUGCCCUCACGGUACCUCCCAAGAAUCAGAACAUUAAGGCCCGUCUGCCGGUGUCUCUCUACGAGCACAGUGGUGUGGUCAGGGAGCAAUCGAUGGUCGAAAAUCAGGCAUAAGAAGGGGGUUGUGGAUCAACAGCGCGGCGCCCUAUUCUCCAAACUCAGCAAAGAAAUCAUCCUAUCCAUGCGCCCGCCCGCCUCCCCAGAUCCAGCAUUCAACAGCAAACUCACCACCGCGCUCCAGCGUGCGAAAGAACAGGGGCUGACGAAGCAGGGGAUUGAGAAUGCGAUGGCGCGGGCAAAGGUGGUAGCGGAAGGCGGGGGACAGACGGUGGUUUAUGAGGCUCUGGCAGCGGGCGGUCAGGUCGCUCUUCUUAUCGAAUGCAACACCCAAAACGCCUCGCGCCUCGUCAGACGCGUCAAAGAGCUCCUCUCCAAGAACGGUGCCCAGACAUCCGCCGUCUCUUUUCUUUUUGAGAAGAAGGGGUCGAUCACGCUCACGCCGAACGAGGGAGAGAACGGGUUUGAGGCGUUGUUUGAGGCGGCGGUAGAGGCGGGGGCGGAAGAUGUGCGAGAGGUGGAGAAUGAUGAAGGCGGUGUAGAGUAUGAAGUGAUAACAACCCCAUCAACCCUCUCCUCCAUCACCCAGCUCCUCCAGCCCAACCCAGGCUACACUAUCCAAUCCUCCGAGCUCAUCUUUGUCCCGAACGAACCGUUGAAAGUAAUUGAAGAGGGGCAAGAAGCGGAAGGGGAAGGGGUGAGGGAAGAGGUGGUGGAGAGUGUGGGGAGGUUGGUGGAUGUGUUGGAGGAGGAGGCGGAGGUGGAGAAGGUUUGGACGAAUUUGGAUCCCGUCACUCCGACUUUUGUUUUCAUCGCUGCUUUCAUCUCCAUCUUUCACCAUCUCCGCCAUGUCCAUCCCUCCCCCCGCCCCCUCUCGUCCUCUCCCCACCCCCUCCCCAUCCCAUCCCCCACCAUCCUCACCCACCUCACCGCCCUCUCCCACCCCCGCACAGCCCCCCCUCUCCUCCCUCCGCACCUCCACCCCCACGCCCCUCUUUCCUCCCGCCCCGCCCCGUCCACGCUCCUCCCUUCUCCACAUGGCGGCGGGAAGGACAAGGGCGAGUUUAGGGAGAAGACGGAGAGGGGCUUGGUGGGCGAGUUGAGGGAAGGGGUCAAGUUUUGGCGAGGGGUCGUCGAGGGGCAGGGGCAGGGGCAGGGCAAGGGAAGGGGGGGAGGGGGAGGGCGGAUGUACCAAGCGCUAAAGGAAGUGCUCACCCAUCAAUCCACCCUCCUAUCCACUUCCUCCGCCCUCCUCCCCCUCCCCUCCCUCCCCACACUCCCCACACUCCCCCAUCCCCAAAACCAGAAUCAACCCCCCUCCACCCUGCUCCAAACACUCUCCUCCCUCGCCGGCCUACAGACGUUUUUAGAGGAUUCGCAGUUUGGGCUGCAGCAGGCGAGUUUGGCGAUUGCUGGGGAGAGGGUGGUGGUGGAUGUGGAUUUGGGGGUGGACGUUGCGGAGGGGGAGGGGGAGGGGGAGGGGGAGGGGGAGGAGGGGUCGAGGAUGGGUACGCCUUUAGGUACCCCUCUAGCUGCUUCCACCCCCGCCCCCGGGAGCGUGGGCGUGGGCGCAGGCCGCGAGCGCGAAGAAAAACCCAAGAUCAAGCUCCUCAAACUCGAAGCAUCACAUGUGACGCCGAAAGGCGAGACAGGCCAGUCGUCGCACGUCAAAGCGACGCUCACAAAGCUGGUGGAAGCGUAUUUGGAGCUUUAUAAUGCUGCCCCUGUGCCGCCUCUUCCCGUUCCUACCGGGUUUCCGAAUACCGGCUCACAACAAGCCCCGCCGCUCACGCAACACGGACACGAACACGAUGAAGAAAGAGGAGGGGAAGGAGGAGGAAGGGAUCAAGCAGAAGCAGCAGAAGCGAUGGCGGAUAUCAUCAGACACUUGGAGAACGCGUUGCGGGCGUUGAAACGGAUAGACGAUGUGGCUUGUGCGGAGGGAGAAGGGGAGGGGGUGGUCGAUUGGUUUGAAGAGGUUGAGAAAGUGGCGGGCGGUGUUGAUGCGUUGUUUGGAGAAUCUCUGGAACAUCAGGUGUACCCAGCUGAGAGGCCUUGUAUCUUUCCUUCUUUCCGUCUUUUACCCCCUUCUCCACCUUUGUCUUCUGCAUCUGGAUCGACAAGUCCGAAAGAGGGCGGCAGGGUGGAAGCGUUCAACCCGACAUGGCAGAUCCGACCUCUCCUCUUGCACCUCAACGAAUCCGUCCCUUCCCUCCUCCCUUCCCCCGCUUCUUCUCCAGAUGGACACGGGGAAGGAGAAGGAGAAGAUGUCACCAUGGAUACAGACACGCAAGAACAUGAACAUGCACAGGAGAAGAAGAAGGAGAAGAAGGAGAAGGAGGGGGAGAAUGAAGCAGGAGGAUGGCGGCUAGGGAGCGAUUGGGUCAUUGAAUGUCUCGACCCUUCCGGGCUCGUGUGUCCUAGGCAAUGGCUCUUAUCAGACCAAUAUAUACUUCCAGACCGAGGAGAUGAGAGGGAGAGGGACGAACCCGCCAGCCAAGCGGGCCAAGUCGGAUCGAGGAUCGAAAGUCUACUCUAUCGACCAUACCAACAACCUUCCUUCAUGCCGCCUCAGGCUCAACAGCAAGCUUUCCCGUACACUUUACCGUUCGUACAGCGUUCUCAACCGGCCGCCCACCAGAAGCAGGGCGGAGGGGAAGGGGAGGGGCUGGAGCAGUAUUGGUCGAUAGCGCAUCCUGGGCCUGGGGGAUGGGUUGUUGGAAGGGUGGGGUUGGGGAGGAAUGAAGAGGGAUUACGGAGGGCUAUCGUUGCUCUAAGACGGCAGACGGUCAUGAACCAACUCUUCUACCAGGUAUUCAAGGCAGAGUAUUGUCGGCCUUAUGACGUUGAUGUCGGGAAUGUGCCGGACCCUAAUGGCGAGACCAACCCCAACCCACUGGACGGCGAGGGUGAGAUGAAGAAUGAAGGGGAGGAUGCAGAGAUGGCGGAAGAUGAAGAUGAGGAUGGGGAUGAUGAUUGGCUCUCUGCAUCACAAAAAUCAAUCCCAUGCUCCCUCACCAUCCUCCCAUCAUCAUACCUCAUCGCCCUACCCAUCCUCUCUUCAGAAGGCAAGAUACGCGAUACGCAAGUCACCGUUAAGCCGUCCCCGGUGUCGGUGGCGGGAGGGGGGUAUGUGCAUGUUGGGGUGAAGGUUGAUGGGGAGGAUGUUGGGGUGUUUGGGGAUGGGGCUGGGGCUGGGGUUGGGGCUGGGGGAAGGAGGGAUUUGGUGGGGAUUGUGGAUGAGGUUGUCAGGCUUGUCAGGGGAUGA